UAUAAGUAUAUAAAUAUAUUUCGGAUACAUUCGGGUACCCGGAAUACUCGGUUCGGAUUGGAUUCGGUUUCGGUUCUCCAAAAACCAAAAUUUUGAAUAAUUCAGAUAUUUAAUCAAUUUUGGUUUGGGUUUGGUACUAUUUUUUUGGAUCGAGGUCGGUUCGGUUCUUUAGAUUCGGGUAUUUUACGUAGUCCUUAUAUUAUUGACAUGGAAAACAAAUAAAAAUAUAUUUUUGAAAAAUAUAUCCGCGCGGGCGCGCGGAUCAAAGUCCAAUUUCUCUUAUAACACCAUUUUAUAAAAAAAAAAAAUCAUGCGUUUUAACACGGAUUAGAAUCUAGUAAAGAUUACGAAGUCGGUAUUUAGUAAGGCCUAAAUAUGACUUGUCGCUAAUACUAAAAAGGUAAAAAGUCACGUGGAGUUUUUGCUACAAAAACAGUAUAAUUGCAGUUGAGAAAAAAAAAUGCAAAAUUUCUUCUUUUUUAUUUCACCCAAAAAAUAUUAAAGUUUAUUUAGUAAGAAAAGGAAAUUCAGCAACGCCGCCCUAAUUUUUUUAUAAUUUCUCUGCCGCUUUCCAUAUGGUAGCUAGGUCUUUUGACAUAGCUAGGUUAUAAACUUGAACACCUCUCUCUCUCUCUCUCACACAGCAAGCAUAACGAUCAUGGCUUCGGAUUCUAUCCCUGUGGAACUCAGCCACGAGAUAUUGUCAAGAUUGCCAGCAAAGUCAAUCGCUAGGUUUCAUUGCGUGUCCAAGCAAUGGGCAUCAAUACUUGAUCGGCCACACUUCAAAGAUUUGUUCCUGACCAAGUCUUCGACCCAGCCACGUCUCAUAUUCGCUAUCGAAGAAAAUUGUUUGUGGAGCUUCUUUUUGUUGCCUCAGCAUAUGAGUCCACAUGAGAAGCCAUCAUCUUCUCUUGUAUUAACCCCUGAAUUUCAUAUGAAGUUCCCUCCAGACGAUACGUGGUGGAUCUUUCCUCAUCAUGACCGAAAGUUCGCAUGCGGGUACGCCUCUGGUUUGAUCUAUUUCUCUUGUAUGUCGGUUAAGGAGGGUUACGAUGGAGUGCCUGUAAUUUGUAACCCUAAAACAGGACGAUAUGAGAUCUUACCUUAUAUCAGAAGGUACAGAAAGUCGUAUAGUUUUUUUGGGUUUGAUCCUGUUGAAAAGCAAUACAAGGUAUUGCACAUAGCUUAUCCAUGUGGUCCUAAUGAUCACAGAAUUAUGACACUGGGAACUCAAGGAAUGAGGUGGAGAAAGAUCCAUUGUUCAUUAAGACUUGAGAAUCUGAGUGAAGGGGUAUGCAUUAAUGGGGUUUUGUAUUACUUAGGUGACACGUCUGAGUGUAAGAAAAAGAUUAGGGAGAAGUCUAGUUUUGCAAUAGCAUGCUUUGAUAUUCGGUCUGAGAAGUUCAAGUUUCUUUAUCCGGAGAGCUUUUGUGAAUUGGUAAACUAUAAUGGUAAGUUAGGUGUGAUUUACUAUGAUGAUCUCACUGAUGAUGCUGUUGCGUUGCGUGUGUGGGUUCUAGAGGAUGUAGAGAAACAAAAAUGGUCGAAAUAUUCCUACACUCUGAGGGGUGAUAAACUCUUCCCGCAUUAUGCUUCAGUGGUUGGAGUGAUUUCUACUGGUGAAAUUAUGUUGUCGAUGGCUGAUUAUACGUCCAAACAACCGUUUUAUAUUUACUACUUCAAUCCUGAACGGAACACCAUUCGACGUGUUGAAAUCCAAGGUUUCGGAGAAUACCACGAAGCUUCCGAAAACCCUAGUAGAGUCUACGUCUUUUUAGACGACUGUAGUAGAUUCUACCCUUCUGCACACCAUGCUGAGGAUCUUAAUGUUAAGGAUCCAAAGCUACUAAACUCAAGCAUCUAUGCUCCAUAUGUGUAUAAAGGAGAAGAUGAAGAAGUAGAAGAAGAAGAACACGAUGAUGAUGAAAAUGGUUUUAGUCAAUUUUAUGGUAAAAAGAGGAAGAAUAAACCAGAUGAAAGCAGGAGUAGAAAAGGAAGAAAGCAGGAGGGGAAGAAAAAGAAGAAGAAGAAGAAGAAGAAAGUAGGAGGAGAAAACAGAGACAAUCAUUGGAGUUAGGUGAAAGCAAUAUGGGCAUGUCAUUUUGUGCUUUUAUCUAUGCGUUUAUGCUUUUGAGUUAUGUACCCACUUUAUAACUAUUUUAAUAAGCCAAGUUUUCUCUUAAGA